GACAGUAGAUAUGUUUCGACUCAAAGAUACUGAUCCCGAGGAGGAGGAAUCAAAUCAAAAAAGCAAGUAUUUCGUGGCCGGAAAGAUACUGAAGAACAAGACAACAACUAAUCCGGACCCGACGGCCGAUGAUGAUGAUGGCCACUGUCGUACAGCGGCGGCGGCGUCGACGGCAACAGUGGCCAACUCAGCCAAUAAGGUUAUUACUGGAAGUAUCGGGUCAUCGACUACAACAAUAAGCCAAGAGUUGUCUCAAUUGACUACCACUUCGUCAGCGAUGUCCAAACAACAGUCAACUGAUGAUCAACUAUCGGCUACUGCUAGCGGACAACAAGCAAGUGGCAACAGCAGCGGUGAUGGUGAUAGUGGUCGCCGAAAGCGGGUAGUAUUCGGCAAUACAUUGCUUGUCAAUCCCAAUCAAAAGGCUAACAAACUGUUGAAACAGUUACGAUCGGCCUAUCAGUUGUCGGCCGACAUAUCGCCGGCACACUAUCUAAUGUACGAUUCGUGUUGUGCAGUAUUUCUUAGUCUCAAAUAUCAUGUCAUUUACAAUAAUUAUAUCUACGAUACGGUCGACAAAGUCAGGAAUACCUAUCAGUUGACUGUACUGUUGGUUUUGGUCGACCAUAUCGAGUACAGAGAACCACUUAAAGAGCUAACCCAAUUGGCCAUUCGUACUAAUUGUACGCUGAUGUUGGCCUGGAGCUACGAGGAAGCGGCCACAAUUAUCGAAAACUAUCGACAUUUUGCCGAUAAAACACCCGAUAUUAUUAUGGGUAAACAAUCGUCGGCCGGCGGUUCCACUGGUGGUGACUAUCAAUCGCUAGUCGAAGCCCUAACAUCGGUCAAGUCGAUCAACAAUACGGAUGCCGUAACAUUGUUGACCACUUUCGAUACUAUGGAAAACAUUGUCAACGCUGAUGACGACCAAUUGAUUAUCUGUCCGGGAAUGGCGGCUCUUAAAGCUCAACGAUUGCGCAAAUUCUUUAACAAACCAUUUAUACGCAAAGAAUAAUAAAAACAUUCAUUUAUUUUCACGAUUUUGUUG